AUGCGAACGCGCAAAUCCCCUUUAAAAAUCUCGCGUCUGAUAUUAGCCUCUGCCUCACCUCGUCGUGCCGCUCUAUUAUCACAGAUUGGGCUAACGUUUGAGGUGCGUCCGAGUGAUAUUGUAGAACCGCCACUCAAUAUGCAUGUAGGAGGGGUUUCUAACCCCGAUACCGCCAGUCAGGUGACACAAAAACUCGCCUUGCUUAAGGCAACUGAUAUUGCCCAGCACUUUGAUGAAGCUAUAAUUAUCGGUGCGGAUACUUUGGUAUCGUUGGAGGGGAAACUUCUCGGUAAACCGACCGACGAUGCGGACGCGUUCGAGAUGUUGACACACCUUAGUGGCACAUGCCACGAGAUUGUUACAGGUGUAGCCUUGGUGGACGCGGGGACAGGACGUGAAACCGUCUGGGCGGAAACAACACAGGUUUACUUUCGGGAGUUGCAUAGUACCGAGAUAGAUGCCUAUAUUUUGAGCGGGGAAGCAUCAGAUAUGGCGGGCGCGUAUGGGAUUCAAGGACGGGGUGCAGCUUUCGUUCGGCGCAUCGAAGGAUGUUAUUUUAGUGCUGUUGGGCUUCCCUUAGCGAGCCUCGUUGAACACCUAUCAAAUUUUCAAUUUUUUAAUUGUUAG